AUGGCAGACUCUCAGGAACAGAAUGAAUACGCUAAAAGCAUAUUUGCUAACAAUUUAAAAGGCAUGGAUGCUUACACACGCCAUAAAAAGUUUAUGAACGAUUAUGUUAACUUUUAUGGUCGAAAGAGCAAUCAAGGAACUGCAACUAAUGCAGAAAAAGGAUAUAAAAGCGAAUUUGAAAUAUUGAAGGAGAAUCAUAAAUUUCUUCGUUCUGAUGAAGAUGAUGAAUCUGAAUUAACCUGGGAACAACGGCUUGCAAAGAAAUAUUAUGAUAAAUUGUUUAAAGAAUAUUGCAUAGCGGAAUUAAAAUAUUAUAAAGAAGGCAAGAUUGCAUUACGAUGGAGAACCGAAAAAGAAGUUAUAAUAGGCAAAGGACAAUUAACUUGUGCUUCAACAAGAUGUUCUGAAAAAGUUGAUUUAAAGUCUUGGGAAGUCAAUUUUGCAUAUGUAGAGGAUGGUCAAAAGAAAAAUGCAUUAGUAAAAAUUCGACUUUGUCCAAAAUGCUCUUACAAAUUAAAUUAUAAUAAGCAUGAACAACGAAAAAGAAAAUCUUAUGAUAGUGCUAGUGACCAGGAACAAGAUUUCAAGAGCGAAGGUAGGCGAGAUGUAACUGAUGGCAAGAAAGUGAAAUUAGAAAAAUCAAAUGUAAAGGAAAAGAGUAAAGAUGAAGA